AAAAUGAAACUAGCGAGACGGUGGCACCUGCGGAGGAGAAGCAGAGGGGAUUACUGCCUGGUUAAGCUACAAGAAAGCAAUGUAUAACACAGUCUGGACGACCAAAAAAGCCGCCGAGGAAGGAGACUGGAGGGACGUGAUGAUGCCCUACUCCACAGAGCUGAUAUUUUAUCUGGAAAUGGACCAACCGCCAGCCCUUCCUCCAAAGCCAACCAAGCCUCAGCAGCCCUCCUCGGUCGCAAUGGCAGGGGGCAGCAGCAAUGUCGCCAAGGAUGGAGGAGCAGGAGGCUCCUUACAAGAGGCCGAAUGGUACUGGGGUGACAUAUCCAGGGAGGAGGUGAAUGAUAAGCUCAGAGACAUGCCUGAUGGGACUUUCCUGGUUCGGGACGCGUCUACUAAGAUGCAAGGCGACUACACGCUAACGCUAAGGAAAGGGGGCAAUAACAAGCUGAUAAAGAUCUACCACAGAGAUGGGAAGUACGGCUUCUCUGACCCCCUGACUUUCAGCUCAGUGGUGGAGCUCAUCAGCCAUUACAGACAUGAGUCACUGGCUCAGUACAACACCAAGCUGGAUGUCAAGCUCAUGUACCCCAUCUCCCGCUUCCAGCAGGACCAGCUGGUGAAGGAGGACAACAUCGAUGCAGUGGGGAAGAAGUUGCAGGAAUACCACAAUCAGUACCAGGAGAAAAGCAAAGAAUAUGACAGACUGUAUGAAGAGUACACCAAGACAUCACAGGAGAUCCAGAUGAAGCGAACCGCUAUUGAAGCCUUCAAUGAAACCAUCAAGAUUUUCGAGGAGCAAUGCCACACGCAGGAGCGCUACAGCAAGGACUACAUUGAGCGUUUUAGGCGUGAGAGCAAUGAUAAAGAGAUUGAGCGCAUCAUGAUGAACUAUGAAAAGCUUAAAUCUCGCCUCGGAGAGAUCCACGACAGCAAGGUGCGGCUGGAGCAGGACCUAAAGACGCAAGCCAUGGACAACCGGGAGACAGACAAAAAGAUGAACAGCCUAAAGCCUGAUCUCAUACAGCUCCGCAAAAUCAGGGAUCAGUAUCUAGUCUGGCUCAAUCAUAAAGGAGUUCGCCAGAAACGAAUUAAUGAUUGGCUGGGAAUCAAGAAUGAGAACACAGACGAAGGUUACUUUGUGAGUGAGGAAGAUGAGAACUUGCCUCACUAUGAUGAGAAGAACUGGUUUGUGGGGGAUCUGAACAGGACACAGGCAGAGGAGCUGCUCCUGGGGAAGCCAGAUGGAGCUUUUCUUAUCCGAGAAAGCAGCAAAAAAGGGUGCUAUGCCUGCUCUGUAGUUGUGGAAGGGGAGGUGAAGCACUGUGUCAUCUACAGUACACCACGUGGCUUUGGCUUUGCUGAGCCAUACAACCUCUACAGCAGCCUGAAGGACCUGGUGCUCCACUACCACCAGACCUCCCUGGUGCAGCACAAUGACUCACUCAAUGUGCGCCUAGCCUACCCUGUCUACGCACAGAUGCCCUCUGGACGAAGAUGAACCCCAACCAACGAUGCUAAACAACUACCCCCAGAAGGACGACACAUUUUACCGUCUUCAGGAUAAAGGAGAAAAGGGAGUGUUAUGAAGCGUGGUGGUGGUGGUGGUGGUGGUGGUAUUGGUUGAAUUACAAAACAACCCUGUAUCCAGACCUGAUGAACAUCGAUACAAUUUUAACAUUUGCUGCAACACACACAUCAGCCACCUUGGAGUUAUAUAUUUUUACAAGAACAAUUUUGGAGGGCAUUCUUUCUAAAGACUGCUUGAUUUGCACAAGGAAGUUUUAAAUGUUUGUGAAUGUGAAAACAAAAGUGACCGAAGGAAGGAAAUGAAGUAGGAGACGUCAGAGUUUCAGGUUGAUCCCGCUGCUACCUAAACUCCAGCUCAGACUUUAUACCAGAAACUCAAAACUACAAGAAUGACAACAAAACAUUCCCAUCAGACUUUUUCUUUGUUCCCAUCAUUUUUCCUCCCUUUUCUUUUCAUCAGAUGGUGUAACUUUGAAAUAUAUUUUUGGAGAUUUUUUUUAAGAGGUUUCCUUUUGUUUUCACUUACUUUGAAAUGAUGUCAAGAGUCUGUUCUCUGUCCCUCUCCAUACAAAAAGAUAAAACGAUGUAGCAUAAAAGACAAAGCAUUAGGUGUUCCUUUAUAGAGAGAGUAGACUGCUGCUGCUGAGGGAUUUGGGGGGAGGGGGGUGCACAAGUGACACAGAAGGUUUUUGUUUUUUUUUAGUCUCAAAGACUAAAGCCUUGCUUGUAUAAACUAAGUGUUUUGUUUUUAUUAUUGUUUUUUAACAUUGCUUUUUAUUAUAGUCCUGUGAAAAACUAUUUGUACCACCCUUUUUUUUUCUUUUUUUCGGGGGGGGGGGGCAUGUCACACUUAAAUGUUUCAGAUUAUCAAACAAAAAUUACUAAAUAUCCAAGUAAGUGCAAAAUGUAGUUGUUAAAAUAAGUUAAUUUAUUAAAGGAAAAAAAUAUUCAAACCUACAUGUCUCUAUGUUCAAAAAAAAAAAUAAAAAAAAAUUGCCCUCCACCCUUGCUAAUUCAUGAGUUUACUGCCAGAUAUGGAAGUUUGUGAAUUAAAGUGAAUUAGAAAAAAAAAAAAAAAGCAAGACAUCAUGCUACGAUCUAAAGGAACUUGAACAGAUGAAAAACAAAGUCACUGACGUCUGUCUGUCUGGAAAGGGUUACAAAGACAUUUCUAAGGGAAUCCAGCGAACCAUGGUGAAAGGUUGGAAUAGUGAACCUCAUGAGUAGCCAUCCUGCCAAAAUUACUCCAAAAGCACAUCAACGACUUAGUCAGGGGUUCUUAAAAGAACUGCAUGUAAAGUACUACAGACGUCACUUGCUUCAGUUCAGGUCAGCAUGUAUGAUUCACUAAUAAAACAGGGCAAAAAUGGCAUCUAUGGGCAUGUUCCAGGCCAGGAAGGUUUGAAUAACUGCUUUUUUUUUCCUUGAACAUUGAAGUAUUUUAGAACCUGCAUUUUGCAUGUUCUAAGACACCCAUUAGUCUAAGAUUAAAACUUGCAGGCUCUGAAACAUGAAAGCGUGACAAAUGUGUUUUUGGAAAAAAAAAUCAGGAAUGGGAAGAAUACUUUUUCACACCACAGUAUGUGUAAAUGGCAACAAAUCACAACCAGAGACCAAAGUUGGUGUGAAGGGGGAGGAUAAAGCAUCUGUUGGGUUUUUCUUUCUUUCUUUAAUUUUCCCAUCUUUGGUGAAUGCAAAUGGGUGAAGAUAAGCAAUGAUGUGUUUAAGGCCACACAUAAAAAUGAGUUUCAGGCCGUGUGCUUUAGCGACAAAUAGACUUUUUUUUUUUUUUUUUUAUAAACCAAAGGGUACAUGAACCCCACAACCUUCAGAGCACUUAAACAAGCUCCAUUUGUAAUCUCAGCGCUAACAAAGUUUUGGCUUUGUACACCAAAGGGGAUGAGUCAAAGGAGGUGUAAUUAGCAGCUAAAGCUACAUGGCAUCUUUUGGCUAAUUUCUAAACCCCCAAUUUUUUUUUCUUCUCCUGAGACAAACUGAUAGCUGAAAUAAAUGGAAACAUUUUUGCUUAGUUUUCUCCAAGCUCUUUCUUUUUUUCAUGCUUCAGUGUAAAGGUAAAGCAUAAUCAGCCGGCCUAGCUGCUUACAAACUGUGAUAAUGGUGACACUAAAUCCACAGCACAUUAGUGUGAAUUUACCCUAUGCAAAAAUGAUUUCAUUUGCAUUACCUGUGAUAAAUUUGUGCCAAUUUGCUUCUUUGAUAUUAUCUUUCUAUAUAAUUGGGACGUGAAAAUUUCACUUUGAAUUUGGUCUGAAGACAGCAUAAGGCACAUUAAGGUUAACUGGUAAAGGGUUCCUUUCCCAGCCUUUGAAAGGCUAAGCUUGGUGAAAAAUGUUGCCAUAAAAGCUGAAACCCAUUUUAUGUGUGGUUUAAACAAAGAAAAGAGCUAAUGCAAUGUGACUGUAGGCUGAAAAACUGGGGUGUUUUUGUUUGAACGCCUUCAGAAAAAAAAUAUAUAAGCUUUUACUAAAUGUUUAUGUAUAAAGAGCACAGGCACACAAAGUCCUGUCCUGAGCUGAAGAUACAGGCUUUAGAAGAAAAUCUGAAAACUUGAAAGAACGUGCAAUCUAGCUUUGUGUUUAAUGUAGUUCAGCAGUUAGUGUGAGAUGCACUAAAGUUGGAGAUAAUCACAGUUAAGCUGCUGGAGUGAAAUUCCCUUUCUGUCUGAUUGCUGAUAGUGUUUGGCUUUUAUUUAAACCCAAAACAACAUGCUCUGUGCAUGACUUUCUAACCAGUGGAUCCACUUUCUGUCAAUGACUUGAUAAAAAGAAAAAUAUCUUCAAACACUGAGGAGAGCUACAAUACACGACCAAGUUAGAUUCUAUUCCCCCAGAAAAUGAAUACACAGCACAGUAAAGCAUCUUCUCAUAGUGAUCAAGUUGACUUAUCACUGCCUGACUGAUAAUAUGGAGCUUUUAAAAGGUCGUAAUGGAAAUCAAAGCAGAGGUGUGAUUCUCAAUUCACUCUAAUCUUAAAACUAAUCACACUGGUUAGGCAUUAGCUUCUUUUUUUUUUUUAAACUGGAAAGGGCAUCUCAUAAAAAAAAAAGAAAAGGUUACAAAGUUAGACAAAGCACCCCUCUCUCUUAUUGUCAUCUUUAAGAUUUUCCCAGUUUGAUAAGCUUGGCCACAAACACACAGAGAGACCAAGAAAAGUGUCCCAUUUUAGAAAGAGUGCUAUUGUUUGGAAAGUGCAAAGGAAUUGUGAUGAAAUCAUAGAGCCUUGUUUGUGCCCACUGUGUGUUUAUCUCCAGCCAUCUCUGUCUUCUUCAAACUAUUGGAGUCUGCUCACUGUUAUCUACCAUAACCCUCCCUCCAUUACAGCCCACUAGUCUGCUGACAAUAGGUAGAUGAACUGGGAGAAGUGAGGUUUGUGGAGCUGAAAGCCAUGGGUAGUGAAAGUUUCUCUUUCUUCUUUUUAAAACUACAGAAUGAAUUGUUUCAAAUUUUUAAGUGUGGCAGUAUUCAAUCUAAAUGUUCUAAGGCUUAUCAAGAAGGUGUAAACCUGCUUCAGUAAAUCUCUUAAGACUGAAAGUCUGUUUAGUUUCCACACAAAUUCACAAGUAGUCAUAAUGGAAUAAAAUGGAAGUGUAUAUAGAAAUCACUUCUCACUGCUCAAAAGUUACACAAAAGCAAACUGGCUCAACUGCUAAAUUGUAUGUCAUGUCUGACAGACCACUUCAAAAAAUUGGUGCCAAAUUUACUUGAUCUAUCAGCCCAAGUUUUUCAGUUCAGCUAAGAAUAGCAGCCAUAAGUAGAAACCCAACGUAACUUUUGCAGCAUGAAGAAUUUGGGGAGAUUAGCUGUGUCCUGUUUCAGGGGCUUUUUGUAAUAUACAAGUUUUAAGACACUGCUGCAGUGGGAAGGAGUUUCUCAGGCUUAUAUGUGCGUUUCUGUAGAUCUUUGGAUUGUUGGGCUUCCAGUUCUAUUGCAAACUAUGUAUUUUGCAGUUUUGCAAUUGUAUAAAUUUAAUGAGAUUUUAGAUUUAUUUUUUUUUUUUUUUUUGCAUCUUAUUGUUUUAGUUUGGUAUCAAUGUUUUUGUUUACUGUCCGUAAGUAUCUAAUCUUAUUAUGGCCAUAUUGUGAGAAUUUACAAUUACACUGUGGUGAAUCUUCUGCAAAUGCUUUUUUGCAGAGGUGCAGGUUUAGCCUUCCCUUUUUCAAAUCAGCCUCUGAACUGGACACGGCCUCAGAGCUUUGCUUUCUUGGAUUAAGUCACAGGUUAUCUUUGCUUUUUACAUGGUGGUUGUCAGUGUAAUCUUGAAUGUACAGCGAGGUUGGUCCAGUGUGUUUUCAUUUGUUUUCUUAAUCCGAAGCACCUCAGUCACGUUCAUCUAAAAUCAACACAUACUAUUGCUAACUCUCAAGGUGCUAUCGGGAAUGCAGGCACAUUUGAUUCGACAGACUUUUUCUAUCAUAGUUUCUGGUCAUUAACCCUCAGGUCUUUUUUCCAAGUUUACCGUAGAAGCUACCACACAACAAAGCCAGCGUUUUGAGGGGAAAAAAUCAGGUUAAAUCAGGGUUCUUGUGCAUGGAUACUUCAGUCACUCAUCAAUUAAUGUAGGCCCAUGACUUUGACUUUUUAAAUGUCCCACCUUUAACAGUCUUGUACAUCAUCGGUUCCCAUAAUUAGAUGCAGCAUCAUCACCAAAUGGAUGUCAUGGUCUUUCUUUCCCCUCAGUCAACAUACGGUCUAGGUUUUUGUUUGUUUAGGUUUUUUCCCUGUUACCAGACUUUUGUGUUUUGCAUAGGGAACUCAAACAUCCCUAAGUCUAUUACUUGAACUGUAUUGCAUUGCUCACUGUUGAAUGUCUUUAUAUAAAAUGAUACAUUUAUUAAAGAAAAAAUUUAAAAAGCAAA